UUAAAAAAUUAAAAGUACACUAACGUUUCUCCACGUAUUCAAAGAAGCAGCGAAACAAGACUCAAAUUAAAAAUUUAAUUAUUAAAUAUGUCAUAUACUGAGAAUUACAUACAAACUAAGUUAAUUGAAGGAUUAAAUGCUUCACAUGUGGUAACUAGAUGUUAUUUCUGAAAAUAUUUCCUAAUCAAGAAUAUUUGAAUAUAUAAAUUAUUGAAGUCUAUCAACGUAUAUAAUUAAAAAUGCAAGAAAAUAUACCAAUUGUGUUAAUCUCAUUAUUUGCCCUUCUUUUGAGAUGGUGUAUUACAUAUCACUCCUAUAGUGGUCAAGGAAAACCUCCGAUGUUUGGAGAUUAUGAAGCUCAACGACAUUGGCAAGAAAUAACUUUAAAUAUUCCAAUUGAAAAAUGGUACAUAAAUACAACAGAUAAUGAUUUACAAUAUUGGGGAUUAGAUUAUCCACCAUUAACUGCUUAUCAUAGUUUUGCAAUGGGCUAUGUUGCUAAUAAACUUAAUUCUUCUUAUGUAAAAUUACAUGAAUCUAGAGGUUUCUCAUCUGAAAAUCAUAAAUAUUUUAUGAGACUUAGUGUUCUUUGUAUAGAUAUUUUGAUUUAUAUACCAUCAGUGAUAUAUUUUAUAUUAACUAAAAAAGUACCAGAAAAUUUUGAAAAAGAAAAAUUGUCUAUAUUUAAUUUAAGAAAACAUAUUAAUCUUUUGAUAAUAUUAAUUUAUCCAGGUUUAAUAUUAAUAGAUCAUGGACAUUUUCAAUAUAAUUCUCUAUCAUUAGGGUUAUUUAUUAGUGCUAUUACAGCUAUGUUACAAAAUUCUUUUAUUAUUGGAUCAUUUCUAUUUGUUGCAGCAUUAAACUAUAAACAAAUGGAACUUUAUCAUGCAUUAUCAAUUUUUUGUUAUAUACUUGGAAAGUAUUCACCAAUAAAAAAACAAUUUUCGUUAUUUAAUUUAAUAAUGUUAUUAUGUAUAUCAAUUACAGUAGUUUCUACAUUUUUUAUCAUAUGGUUACCUUUUAUUAAAGAUUGGGAAACAUUUAUAAAUGUUGUUUUUCGAUUAUUUCCAGUUUCUAGAGGCAUAUUUGAAGAUAAAGUUGCAAAUAUUUGGUGUACGAUCAAUGUGAUUUAUAAAUUACGUAAUACUUUUACAAAUAAAGAACUAGCUAAAAUUUGUUUAAUACUAACUACAUUUUCAGUUUUACCAAGUUGUAUAAAUCUAUUCUUAAAUCCACAGAAGGAAAGAUUUAUUAUUUCUCUCAUUAAUUGUGCAUUAGCAUUUUUCCUAUUUUCGUUUCAAGUUCAUGAAAAAUCAAUUUUGCUUGUUGCAAUUCCAGUUUUAUUAUAUUUUGAAAGCAAUCCAUUUCCUUGUUUUUGGUUUUUAAUAAUUUCACAUUUUAGCAUGCUACCUUUGUUUAUAAAAGAUGGUUUAUAUAUGGCAUAUUGUGCUACAUUAAUUUUUUAUUUCUCAUUUGUUUUUUGGACAUAUCCUGAUUUAUUGGAUAAUCAAUUACUAAAUAAUGCUAAUUCAAAAAAAAAUGUAUGUAUUAUAACUAAUCAAAAACGAAUUAAAACAAACUUAAAAAAUAUCAAGAAUAAAUCAAUUUUUACAAAACUAAAAAAAAAUAUUGUAAAUUAUAAAAAUAAUUUUAUUUUAUUAGGUUAUUCGUUUUUCUCGAAAACAAUUUUAUUUUAUUGUUCAGUUCUAGGAAUAAUAAUACUUUCUCUUAUUAGUGGUUUUUUAAAACCUCCAAAUAAAUAUCCAGAUCUCUUUGCAUUAUUAAUAUCUAUGUAUUCCUGUGGACAUUUUAUUAUUUUCUACUUGUAUUUUAAUUAUAAACAAUUUGUAUAUAAAACAAAUAUAAAUUUAAAAUAAACCAAAAAGACAA